CAUUUCAACAAGAGACAGAAAUAAGGAAAAUUGCAUUCACUGGUUCUCUGAUGAAGAUGUUGUUGAGAGCGGUCACUGUCAUGGCUGUUCUGGUUCACAUGGUGGACGCCGGAUGUAGCAGGUCUGACUGGUGGGCGAGUCUGGACAGACAGGGGCUAUCGAAGUGCAGCGGGGGUGACGAUUUCAUUUCCGGUUUCUAUAGAAACGACCGGAAGAGCUGGGACGACGACCCGUUACAGUUGCUGGAAGAGGCCGAGUGCUGUAGCCGAGUGUCCCCUUGGACGAACUCAAAAUCCCAGGUCGUGAAUGCUGAUUGGUGGAUAACAUUUGACAGAUCAAACUCUUGGGGUUACUGCCCGGCUGGGUAUUUUUUGAACGGGAUAUAUAGAAGUCAGGAUAAUAAAGGUUUGCUGUAUAAUAUAGAAGAAGGAAGAUGCUCUAAACCCGCGGAUCACCCAGCAUACCACGGGCACUGCUACGAUCACGAUAUCUCCAUUUGUUUUGACAAUAAAGGAAUUUGUAAAUGUAACAGUGACUACUACGUCACAGGUUUAUACCGCGGCGGCUGUGAUAAGCUCUUCUGUCUGGAAACGCUGAGAUGCUGCAAGAUGGCUGAUGGUCCUGAACAACUGGAUGAGCUGUACAAAGUGAAGACGCGCAUCAUGGACACCACAAUGGCUGAUAUAGCUUAUCUAGCGCAUUACCUGGGUUAUGCUUGGUGCUCGGGCUGUAGAGCCCCGUACGUUGGCGAAGAUUUUAGAAGAAGUGGCGACACAUGGAACGCUGAUAAAAGCGGGCGUUGUGAGGGAUACAUGAGCGAUAAACGGUUAAACAUGGCGUAUGGAGACUGGAGUUUUGGUAUCAAAGAUAUCAAAUACGGAACUCCUGUAAUUCAAGAACUGGCACCGGAAACGAUUGAUUCUGGAACUAUAUUCAACAAUGACCCGACAGAGGCGACGAAGACCAUCACGCGAUCUGAGACCAGUGUCCGUAGCGUCGCCCACACUACGACCAGCUCUUGGAAAUAUGGCCACGAGCUGAACGUCCAGGUCAGCUACACGCCGCCUGAAGCCACGGGUGGAGUGGGUGGCUCCAUUGGUUACAAAUUUAACUACGAGACAACCACAAGCACGACCGACGAAACUAAGAAAGAACAGUCAAGGACAUUUUCGGUCAGCACUUCCAAGACUUUAGCCCCUAAUUCCGCUUCCAAAUGGAGCCUUGUCCUGUCCAAAACCAGAACCUCUAUGACCUACACGGCUACAAUAAUCGUCAAGUUUUCAACGGAGCUUCAGGGUUUUCUACGUUGGGGUGGUGGCGCUAGCAGUAUCGAUACCAAUUACCAUUACCAGUAUCGCGGUAGUGGAGAUCGCCCAACGUUCAACUACAGAUUCGGAGAUUCCAGCACGCCUUUCUACACGGCGCUGAAGAGACAGAGCGAUACCAACUCCCAGCCUUGGUUGUGGAACGACAUGAAAAACGCGUACCCUAACGCACAAAAUUUCAUCAACGACCUGAGUAAUGAGAACAGGUACGUCUUCACCAUCACCGGAAGGUUCGAUGACGUCAUCGGCAAACACGCCGAGUUCCGCUGGGACUCGGUGAGUGUGGGCAGGAGGUCGGAUGACGUGGAGGACACCGGUCCGGAUGAGAUCUUCCAGAACUCCACGCACGUGGCUAAGCCUCUCCCUAACGAUGUCCCUCCUGUGACACUCAAGCCUCCACAUGUUGAUGUUACGGUGAAGAACCAAGUCAAGUUGGAACAGCUUAAGCCAUCCGGCUCGUAAGGCACCUAGCAAUUAAAAAAAAAUUAAGCAAUAAAG